AUGGACACCACGCAAAACGGCGCACCAACCACAGGCGGCAUAGUCUGCGGUAUCGCGUCAUGCGCAGAUACUGGAGCUCUCCCUGCACCCCCCGUGCCUGCCGCCGGAGCCCCGGGUCUGAUGAUGGCAGAAGUGAUUGAGGCCGCAGCGGAGGGCGGCGUGGAUUCUUUCAUCGCAUACGGCAUCGAAGCUGUUGCUGGUGCGCACCAUUUCAGGGAAGCACGACAGCUGGAGGCGAUAUUGCGUGACCUGCAGAACACGGUCUCCACUCUGAACGCGCAGCUGCAGGAGGCAAGGGCCAGUAUCAAGGCGGUGGAGGCUGAACGCGAUAGUCUGAAAACGCAGUUGGAGUCGAUGCAGCGACAGCUUUCAGCAGAAGUCGCUGGAACGAGCUCGGACGUGGGCGCCCUUCGGGACCCUUCUGGCCCCCUGGUCCGAAUGGAGAACGUCCGUAAGGACGUUGCGGGCAACCCGACCAUUCCGUCAUCAGUCAGCAGCGACGAUGCAUUCGAUGAAAUGGUGGGUAAAACCUUCGCCUGGCUCAUCACCCUUGCCCCUGCAGAAGAGAUGGAGUUCUAUCCUCUGUGGGAAGAAUUCCAGCCGCAUUUGGUGCGCAAGUACAUAGCUGAGGGGACCACGCAAGAUGAAUACUACCUCUUCAUGGGCGGGAACAGCAAGCGCAUUGAUCGGGCGCUGAAGGUGAUUAGCUGCAAACGCGCGAACAUGAACAAGCCGAUCAAGCUCUGGGCGUGGGGUGCUGGUGGCGUCAUUGACCAGGAUAAGUGGUUCCUUUUGAAGGUUGGUGGCAUCACUCCAUCAAAGGCACGCAACGAAAAGGAGUGGGUGGAGCAGUUCAAACACCGUGAGUGUGCUUGUCUUUUCAUACAUCCGCACCAUGCUGGAAUGUUCUUGCGCACAGAUCUGAUUGCCAUUGUUUUUAUCUCCGCAGCAAAGUAUGGCUACGACUGGCAUUGCUCUGCUCAGAGCGGCCCUUUCGCAAAUGCAGCCUUUGAGCUGGCAGUCAAAAAGGCAUUUGUCAGUGCCCGGUGCAACAUGUUUGCAGUGAAGAUUCCAGCGGUCGGCUAUCUGUGCAACGUGGUUGAAUGGCCAUUGGAGAACCACAAGGGCAAGAAGGGCCAUGCAUCUCUGGACAACAAUGAGACCAACAACCGCAACAACGUCCAUGCCAAGACGAGGGUGGUUGCUGCCUGGCUGAAGGAAACCCUUGAAAGGGAGCCUGCUACGUUCAAGAUCGAUGAGCCCAUGGGGUUUGAGAUGGGCAUUGGGAAAGUUAGGAUUUUGAUAGAGGGAUAUGAGCUGUUUUUCUUCCCCUCAGGGGUCGUUCCAACCCCCUGGCCUCCUAUUAACAACCUGUGA